AGUUUAAGUUUUUCUUCUCCUAAUCGUUCUUGAAAUUGUGUCCAAAUUUUUUUAACGUUACUUCAGCACAUUCCACACCGGAAACGCGGUAUGACAAAACAGCUACCAUCAAACGUCGGUACAUGGCAUUUAUUUUGGUACGAAUCGCCACUCCUAGAAAAGUGUUUGAGUUAAAAAGUAUCUUUUUGCUACCGAUAAUGAGAGAAUGAAAUGAAAACUGCCUGUUGGUCAGGGUACAACAACAUGAUAACAUGCACACGCUAACGGGCUGAUAGUUUUCCAAGGGGGAAACGGUGACCGUAUAUAAAUUUGUUCACCCACGAGCCCUCGCGUUCUAUUUCAGCACGGUGAACCCAGUGAGGCGUACACACGUGCAGUGAGUAAGGUUCGCUGUGAUCGAAGAUGGUGCAGGUGUAUAACGCUUUUACCCGUCGAACAAGACACUUGACGGUGUUGUGUGGCAUCUUUGCAAUAUUACAACUCGUGGAAGCUGAAUUUGACAUCUACCAGCUUAAUGGGAACUCGGUGACGUAUUAUGGGUACAAUAAGCAGUGCGGUUUCCAACACAGCUGUUACGGCAAUCACAGUUGUCCUUCGCUGGCAGGGCUGGAAAGCUUGGAGAAGGUAGCGCUGGAGCAGGUGAUACAUGAGCUGCUCAACAAUGAAGUAGCUUCGAAUGAUCCUCGGUUUCUGAUCGAUGCUACGGAGUUUGAUGAUGGGUUCCAUCAGACACAACCUAUCGAACCUAAUGAGCAGCUCGGUGUAACGCGUACUCGCACCACACAGAAGGUGCUGGAAGCAUUGGCCAAACGGUUUGGGUGCUGUCAGCUGAGAAAUCUGUUGGAUGGCAAGUGUUACCCGAAUGUAACGCUUCCCUGCUGCAAAGGAAAUGAACAAAUAUAUUGUGAUCCUUACUAUCCGUAUCGAACCUACGAUGGAAGUUGUAAUAAUCUAGAGCAUCCAACGUGGGGAAGACGCGGCAAUGGACUAAAGUAUCCGAUCGCACCGUGUUACAGUGAUCUCGUAUCGAAACCGGCGCGCAGCAAAAAUGGUGCAUCGUUACCACAAAACCGUAAGCUCAUUGCCGGACUGGCCGAUGUAUUGCGCAAGCGGGAAAUUAAUUUCACCUCCAAGCUGAACAUGUGCUGUGUAUUUUUGUGUGAAUUUAUCAACUCGGACAUGAUCGGACGAGCGAACAGCCGUACCAAACGAGCGACCGGUGGUUUUCGUGGGUGCCGUGCGGAUGGAACGGAUCGUAGCCCAUUCAUAACGCCCCUUUCAAACCCACUGCUGGUAACGUCUAAAGAUCGUUACUAUGGGCCGCUUAAAGUGCGCUGCCUUAACUUAAGCCCGCAAGAAAAAGCCAACGAUAAGUGCGAGCUAAAGCAUGUGCCCGAACGUAAUCUGCAGAGUAGUGCUUUAGAUCUUUCCAGCUUGUACGACAGCAAACCUAAUUAUGACGACUGCGGUAGACUGAAUCUGGAGCUUUGUGGUGCUACGAAACCGAUUGCCAAAUCGGAACCAAGUACGGUGCAGUUUAUUGCUAUUGCCGGUCUAUUUGGUAAGCUGCAUAACUACUGUGUGGAUCGUGCCAGUACGUGCCUGCAGUCGCCGGGACCGGUACAGGAACGGUGCCGUGCGUUUGCGAUAGGCGUUUACCAGAAGAUUAUAUUCGAGCAGCUGCUGCCGGUGUUGUUUGGGGAGGAGUUUUACAACGAGUGUGACUUCAACUGCGAGUAUAAUCCGGACGUCGAGUCUGUUGUUUCCAUGGCGUAUCGGAAUGCCUAUGGACGGUUUCAGCAUACAUGGAUACCGGAAACCAUGCUGUACAAGCCAGGAGGGCAGACACAAUCGUUACCGUUUAAUGUGUUCUUCCAUGAACCUGAACAGUUCGAUUGUACGGGUACACUGGAUGGGAUUCUGGAAACUCCAAUUCACAUUGGAAACUUAUCUAGAGCGAAUGUGGACAAGUUUUAUACCGUGGAUGGAACACGUGGCACCUGUCUGCCUUGUAUCGAUCUGGCACGUAGCCGUGACUCGGGUCUCUGUCCACUGGUAACGUACAAACACUACAUCGAGAAACUUUUUGGGGACGAUCCCAACUGCUACGAGACGUUCGAGGAUCUCAGCGAUAUGUUUAGCCCUGAUGUUAUUGAAUACUUCUCCAAGCAGUACGAACACCCGACGGAUAUUGAUGCACUGUUUGGAAUUCUGGAUCGUAGGUUCGUGCUAGGCGGAUUUCUUCCUAGAAUCGUUGCCCAAGCCACCUGCCUUGAGUUCAAGCGGCUCAAGUGUACGGAUCGAUUCUUCUACGCGUGGAAUUCGUACCUUGGUGAAGGAACCCGGCAUCUUAUCAAAGUUUUCGAUUUCACCACGCUGCUCGCACUGUUUACGGAGUUGGAUGAGGUUCCACAGCAACCAUUUUUCGUUGGUAGUCCAAGAAUAGCGUCGAAAGACAUUCGAGAUUAUGUGAAAACUUUAGACUAUCUGUUCUGUCAUCUGUAAAGUAUGUUGUUAAUAUUAACCUGUAAACAAAAAAAAAACAACUAAAUUAAUGAAUAAAAACAAAUAAAUGAAAAAUAAAUAAAUCAUAUACAAAUGAAAAUAACGAAACAGAAUGAGUUCUCGUAGCAGAGCAUUUUUGCAAAGAAUGUUCAAAAGAUACAACAAUUACUUUGUUUAGUACACAUUAACUGAUAUUGAAUUACUGUGCAACAAUGACGGAAAACAAACAAACAAAAAACGCUAGCGAACACAAGAAUGAAGUGAAAAAAGAGAAACUUGCUGUAUGUUUAUCAAAACAUUAUGUGCAGCUGUUCGCCGGUAAGCACGCGUGACACCAGCAAGACAUAACGUAAAGCGCCAACACUGUAAACAACUGACCAUCGGUUAAGCAAAACAACGAAACAAACUUCUAUACUAAACGGAAUCUUAUAAAACCACCUGCCCUGAAACACACCAUUCAGUAACGGUGCAGUUAUGCAGAUGGCACAGUAGUGAUUUUCCCGCGUGAAGAGUGGUAAUCGUGUAAAUUAAACAUUUACAGCAAAAGUUUCUAUCUUUUAUGAUGGCAUAUACACACGGGAAUUUAGUUCCGGUGCUAGUGUUAGCUCAGUGUCUGCUUCUGUGUGUACCCUUAUCUUCAGCAGAUCCUUUCGGUAUGAUAUUUUUGCUCAGUUUGGUGUUUAGUUUUAAAAGAGUUAUGACAAAUAAAUGAUUUGACAAAGUAAACCAAGGGCAUCUAAAACAGCAUGCAAUGACAUUGAGAAUUGAGAACAAAAGUAUUGUUGAAAGUUGUCUGAAAGGCAAAAAGAAAUAAGUUGUGCCGUACAGGUGUUGUGUAUACGGAACAGAUUGUUUGUAAGCAAGCGCACGGCUCAACUUCAAACGCCAAACGUGCUUUAUCGUGGUGCGACUGUUUCUACGUGACAUGGUGAAAACAGAAACAAGUAUCAGUGACAGUGACCAUAAAACAUGGACUUUGAAGGUGAAGCAAACAGUUUGAUAGAAUUGAGGAACCUUAAGAAUGCAUUCGGUUUGAGAGCUGGUAUUGUAUGAUGAUGUGUGAUGAUUGCAAACGAUUAAUAGGAAUAAAAAAGUAAUGUUUAUUGUUGGAAUGGCG